AUGCCAUCACAACUGGAGGGUGCGAUGGAUACCUUAAUCAGAGUCUUUCAUCAUUACUCUGCCAAAGAAGGGGAUAAAUACAAACUCAAUAAAGGAGAACUCAAGCAACUUCUCACCAGUGAACUUACUGAUUUCCUUGCGUGUCAAAAGGAUCCCCAGCUGGUCGAUAAGAUCAUGCACGAUCUUGAUAUUAACAGAGAUAAUGAAGUGGAUUUUAAUGAAUUUGUGGUUUUGGUUGCUGCCUUGACUGUUGCGUGCAAUGAUUUCUUUGAGGAGCAAAUGAGGAAAAAAGGAGAAUAGGAAUGGCCAAAACUACCUUUUGGACGUGAUGGGAGAGAAUAACUUCAGCUGAAGUAGAUUUCAUGUCUUCUGUUCCCCCGUUUCCCUUGAUACUGAUGUUUGGCAUUCCCUUCUCUUCUAAUAGUAUAUGUUUUCCCAAUAAUAUUGUUAUUUUUUUUCUUUUAUAUCGGUGCGUGUAAACAGCUUAUUCAUAAGUGAAGUGCAUUUGGUAAGUCUGUCAAUGUAGCAUUUGUGAACACAAAGGAGGAUGUAAAUACAUUUAUUAUAUGUAUUGGAUUCAUUUCCAUAUUAUAUUUGAUAUGCUGCCUUGCCACCUUGAUUGGAUCCUAGAGAAAGAUGAAAUAGAAGCUCAGAAUCCCAAAUAAUAAAAGGCUUUUCUGUGGGGGGAUGAUAGUGGUUUCUUAGAUUUAGGCACACCAUUUUGUGCUUCAUUUGUGGAGAUAGCUAUAGUGCAGGAGAGUCAAACUCGCGUCAUCACGGUAGCAUCACGUGAUGUAUUGCAACUUUUUCCUCCUUCGCUAAACUGGCCGUGGGCAGAGCAUGACGCAUCUGGCUCACGGGCUUUGAGUUUGACAGCCCAUCUAGACUGGGAUUACAUAGCCUUUCCACAGUGAGGCAUUGCGCAGCAGUGUUCUAAGAUAGCUAAACCAGAACAUUUGCUGUUUGUUAAUACAUCAUAGCUCAAAUAUAGAAUCAGCAAAGAGCAACCAAAUAACAUUUCCCCCAGAUAGUGCCAGCAGCCUUUAAAGAUUUAAAGAUAAUUCAGCAGCUGGUCAGCUCUUCUCUCUGCUGAAAAUUUAUAGCAUAAAUAUUGUCUACUGAAAUCUUUUUUUUUUAAGCUGGUGGCACUCUUGCUAAAUGGCAGCCAUAGCAAGUAUAAUCAGCCCCAAAAUAUCAAUCCAUUGGAAAGAACUUUGGGGGAAAGUUUCUUCAUCAUUCUAACUCCCACGGACCUCCCUGGCAGCUCUCAUCUCUUGCUGCUGCUUGCCUGUUCGCUUGGCAAGAGCACAUCCUUCUAAGCCAAACACUGGGAUCCAGCCACCUAAUCUUCGUACAUUCUGGGAAUUUGUUUUUAUUUUAUUUAUUAUGUUCCACUGGUAUUACUAGGCUUAAAGAAUCCCAUACAUGACUACAGAUUUUGUUGAGAAUAAAGAUGAUGCUGGCACUUACACUGUAACAUAUUUCCCAUGUAUUUAUUUUGAAUUAAGGGGAUCUUUAAAAUAGUAAAAGUCAUGGCUGACAGGAAUUAUCGUGGACACCAACCAGAGCUUGCUCUUGGGACACAUUGUGCCCUUCAGCAUCAGAUAAAUUACCCGUGAUUUA